AUGUUGGGCUCAUUUGGUUCAUCUUCCCAUGAGGAAGAAGAAGACCCAUCACCACCAGAUGUGCGGCAGCACUUCCAUCAUCACCAGAUUCAACAACGGAACUUCACAUCUCCGGCAACCCAUAUUCGCCAAUUACUCAUAAGCUGUGCUGAGCUAAUCUCACAGUCUGAUCUCUCCGCCGCUCACCGCCUUAUCACCGUUUUGUCUGCUAACUCUUCCCCUUACGGCGAUUCCACUGAACGAUUAGUCCACCAAUUUACCAGAGCCCUAUCCCUCCGCCUCAAUCGCACAGCCGUAACUAGUGGUGCCGCCUCCCUGACCACUAAUCCCUCCGCCUGUGCUAGUGUACUAAGUACCAAUGCAUCAAGUUGUAGUACUAGCAUCACCACCUUCGAAUCAGAUGAAGCUCUUGUUCAUUCAUCGUACCUAUCACUGAACCAAAUAACCCCAUUCAUUAGAUUCAGUCAGCUCACGGCUAAUCAAGCAAUCUUGGAAGCCAUUGAAGGUCAACAAGCGAUCCACAUCCUCGAUUUCGAUAUCAUGCACGGCGUGCAAUGGCCUCCGUUAAUGCAGGCCAUCGCCGAGCGUUUCCCUUUACCGACGCUCCGAAUCACCGGCACCGGCCACGAUUUAGACAUCCUCCGGCGAACUGGUGACCGACUUGCAAAAUUUGCCCACUCAUUAGGCCUCAGAUUCCAAUUCCACCCUCUUCUCCUCCUCAACAACGAUGACCCUACCUCGGUAGCCUCAGCGGUUCUUCUUCUUCCUGAUGAAACCCUAGCUGUGAACUGUGUUCUCUAUCUUCACAGACUCCUCAAGGACCGUGAACGGCUUCGCCUUUUUCUUCACAGAAUUAAGUGUAUGAAUCCCAAAGUGGUGGCAGUGGCUGAAAGAGAAGCGAACCAUAACCACCCAUUUUUCUUGCAGAGAUUUGUGGAAGCCUUAGACCACUACACUGCCGUGUUUGAUUCUUUGGAGGCGACUCUGCCGCCGAAUAGCCGUGAGAGGUUGGCCGUUGAGCAGGUAUGGUUUGGGAGAGAGAUCGUCGACAUUUUGGCGGCGGAAGGAGAACACCGGAGAGAGCGGCAUGAGAGAUUCCGAUCAUGGGAGGUAAUGUUGAGGAGCUCAGGCUUAGUUAAUGUUCCUUUAAGCCCUUUUGCCCUCUCUCAGGCCAAACUUCUCUUGAGGCUUCAUUACCCUUCUGAGGGUUACCAACUUCACAUUCUCAAUGAUUCUUUCUUCUUGGGCUGCAUGGACAUUGGGAAUCAGCACGUUGCAUGUAAAAACUUGGAGGGAAUUAAACAGCACCUGAACAAGCCUCCUGAAAACCUCAUGGCUUCCAUUGACCUCCACCCAGGUUCUUCUUGGGUAACUCAAAACUGA